ACACAGCAACUCUAAUAUAUCGCAGAUUGGUUAACUACACAGAGUGCACGGCGCAGCGCGAGAGCAGGACGCGGUGCGCGCUUCUUCUGAGAGGACUGCAAAAUAAAAAGAACACUCUCCUUUUAAUCCCAGCCCUGUUUUAUUGUGGUGGCUCGAACCUGCAACUUAAUUCCAAUUAAUUGUGGGUUGGCUGGUGAGAGGAGAGCUACAGCCUACUCAUCAUCCCGGGACCGGAGUGAAAACUCACUGCCAGCUCCUUGUGCUACGGAAUUAUUUGCAGCCCGCGUGUGGCAGCGGUGUAAGACUCAAAAAAAGACCGAGGACCCGAGAGGACAAGUGGGGACUGACGCACCCUGUGAAGUUUUCUCGUGUGUCAGUCUGCUUUUAAGCAACCAGGUGGUCCGGUGAGAAAGUGCUGGUGGAGGUUACCCCCCUUCAAUGCGUCGGUUCCCGGUGCCUACCGAUGGACAGAGUAUGGUGAUAUUUGGAAUAGGCUCCCUCCUUUUUCGUCUGUUUUAGUCGAUAUCUCAGACCGAAAUGCUGCCCUGUAUCAUUUUCCUCAUCUUGUUUCUCACUGCGUCCCAGUCUCAAGAUAUCCAUCCUUCAGAGGCAUCAUCCUCUAUUAGUGAGUCUUGUGAUUCCUUGUGCUCUUGUGAGAAUAAAGAUGGCAUCCUCCAUCUUAACUGCGAGCAGAGAAACAUCAACAAACUCUCCCAGAUCCAAGUCCCGCCCGGUGUGCCCUUCCACCUGAACCUUUACAAAAAUGGCUUGGUUGAGCUUCGUGCUGAGGAAAUGGAAGGGCUUAAAAAUGCCCUUUCACUGCACAUCGGGGGUAAUAGCAUACAAGAAUUGGAGCCAGGGGUCUUUAGCACUCUCGGUUCACUGAAAAAGCUCCAUAUUAAUAGCAAUUUCCUCAUCACUCUGAAAGAGGACACUUUUCAAGGCCUGGUGAAUUUGGAGUUUCUUCAAGCUGACACAAAUUUCAUUCGAGUCAUUGAACCAGGGGCCUUCAACAAACUGAUCCGCCUCAAGGUCCUCAUCCUCAAUGAUAAUUCUAUUGAGUUUUUACCUAGCAACAUUUUCCGGUUUGUGCCCCUCACCCACCUGGACUUACGUGGCAACAAGCUCCAAACACUGCCUUAUGUAGGGUUUUUGGAGCACAUCGGGCGCAUAAUGGAACUUCUCCUGGAGGACAACGACUGGGUCUGUGACUGUGAUAUUUUACAUUUAAAAAUCUGGAUGGAGAACAUGAGGGCCCAGUCAGCAAUUGGGGAUGUGGUCUGCAGCACACCACAUCAUCUAAAGGGGACCAUUCUGGCUAAAGUCAAGCGGGAUGUUCUGUGCCCAUCCCAUGCAGAUAUUAACUUGGAGGAGCCAUCAAAGUCACUGGAUAUGGUUGUUACCCCCUCAUCAAAAGUGUCUCAGAUUCCCAAGUUGAUCAAUGCCAAAGAUGACGCCAGGGCUACGACACCGUCUCACAUUCCUGGCAGCCCUUGUGUGGAACACUGUUCUUGUCACAAUCACCCUGUGGCUGGGUUUUUGAUGCAUUGUCAGGACAGAGGAAUUCAAAAGGUAUCAGAUAUCGGAAUACUUCACCAAAACCCCACUAAGCUGGUCAUGACAGGGAAUAUGAUUGAGAAACUCUUAAAGUAUGAUUUUGUCACGUAUGACAGUUUAGAAUUGCUCAAUUUGGCAAACAACAGAAUUGAUUACAUUGAUAAUGAAACUUUCCUCAGCUUGAGCAGUUUGAAAAAACUGUAUCUGAAUGGAAACAGAAUUGAGAAACUGUUCUCUACAAUGUUUGUGGGGCUCCACAAUCUUGAAUACCUGUAUCUGGAAUACAACCUUAUCAAAGAGAUUGCUCCAGGCACAUUUAAUCCUCUGCCAAACCUGAAGCUUUUGUCAUUAAAUAACAACCUGCUCAGCUCUCUUCCAGCUCAGAUAUUCCGCAAUGUGCCCCUCACCAAAUUAAACUUAAGGAAAAAUCUACUUAUGCACCUGCCAGUGAGCAAUGUACUUGAUCAACUUGACUCAUUGGAGCAGAUUUAUUUAGAGGACAACCCCUGGGACUGCAGCUGUGACUUGCUCAGCCUCAAACAGUGGGUGGAGAAACUCCGAAAGGACACAGUGGUGGGUUCCAUCUUGUGUCACACCCCAAAGACUGUGAUGCAGACUGAGCUAAGAAACCUUCAUCAUGAGGUGCUGUGUCCUGGUUUAGGGACCAAUUACCCUAUGUCCCCAAGUGGGGACGAAAGUGUGACAGCUACGGAGAGGCCUUACAGCAGUGGCAAGGGAUUGUUCAGCCCUCUCACAGACACUGUCCCGCUCUCUGUGCUCAUCUUAAGCCUACUUGUUUUUGUGCUCAUGAUUAUCUUCUGCUCAGCUGGCUUGGUCGUAUUUGUGGUCCACCGACGGCGGAGAAGGGCAAAGAAAAAAGCAGCAGAGGAGCAGCCCAGAGAAAACACGAGCAGUAGUCCCAUUCACUUACAUUACAGCAUGUAUGGGCAGAAAACUACACACCAAACUCUGACACAAAGAACAGGGCCUAGCAGUCUGUAUGAGGAGAGAUCACAUAGUCCCAUUGUGCAGAUCUGUCGCAACCCUACCUACUGCUCCCAGCACAGGGAACAUGAUACAGAUUUGGAUUACAGCCUGGAUGAGCCCCACACCAAGCACCACGUCUGCCGGAGCAUCAUGGAGAAGGAGAACACUUCUCCUCUGACAGGAAACCCAAGCUCAAAAUUCAGACCCAUGACUGGAGAGUGCCCUGCAGAGUUCGUCACUCUCGGGAAUCCCAACUCCUUGUACAGAAAUAUUCUGGAGAGGGAAAAAGAGCUGCAGCAGCUUGGAAUAACAGAGUACCUUAGGAAAAACAUGCCCCAGCUUCAGUCAGCUGUAGACAUGCAGGUCCCGGGGCACCCGGGAGAGUUGAAACUAAUGGAGACUAUUAUGUACUCAAGACCACGCAAGGUCAUGCUUGAGCAAACUAAGAAUGAAUAUUUUGAACUUAAGGCUAACCUGCAUACUGAGCCAGACUACUUAGAGGUUCUGGAGCAUCAAACUGCA